AUUGUCUUUUACUUUGAAACCCUUUUGACAAUCUUGAUUUUAAAAUAGCAAAGCGACAUUUUUUGCUAUAAUUUUAACAGCCGGAUAGAAAUAUAAAUAUUACACUUUCUAUGCAUUGAUGAAUUGCUGCUGUUGUUUAUUUGAAAAGUAGAAUUCACAGACAGAAUAAAUUUAGGACAUAAUCGUGGUAAUUUACGGUAAUUGAUUAAAACAAAAUCGUCCAGAAAUUAUCUAACAGCUCCAAUACAAAUAAAGCAUGGUACCCAGAAAUUUAAAAAAAGUACGCACUCUGUGUAAAUAAGUGCAAACCUGUGUGCAAAUAUAACUACUGCAUUAAUCCCUGCGGAUAAAUACAGAUGUUCAUGUGUGCAAGUGCACGUGCAGAAAAAAAGUCAGUUCGCAGGUGGUCUCAAGCUGCAGGUAUAUAUUAAACAAUAAAAUGGCCCUUUGGAGUAGUGCUAACCACGAUUACAACCAAGUCUGUGUGACUGACUAUAAAAAUAGUGUUUUUUUUAACAUGAAAAUGGAACUACAUUAAUUCGUCAUAGAGUGAAUUGUCCAUGAAUUCUCAGACUUCAGAAUUGACGUUUCCCGAAGUACCAUCAAUAUAACAAAUAUCUUAUGUUCAAUAAAUGUUCAGGAAAUUAUUAAUACAUUUUCGGUACAUUCCACACAAAUAACACAGCAGGAAAAGUGGACGGGUGGCAUUUUAUAAAUACGGGACACCUGUUAACUGAAUGAUAGUUUGACUAAAGCUUCCCAAAAUAUUUAUUAUACAGUAUCAGAGAUUAAAACAAAAAUGCUUAAGAUCCCAUCUCGACAAUAUAAAUUGACAUACAAAUCGACGCUUUCACUGGUAGGAGUAUUUCAGUUAGUCCUUUCUCAGAAUAAUGGUGUAAGUAAUUUUCCAAUAAUAUCUUAAAUUAGUCGUAACGCAAUUUUAUUAAUCCAGCUAAUAUCGUUCAACUUUUACAUUGCUUUCUUAACUGGUAUUACCACUGAAUUCAGGCACGGGAAUUUUACAGACUCCUUAACUUAGAAUAGAAAUGAACGACUUAUGUAUAUAAACAAAAAAGAAGCAAAAAGGAUUUGCGGUGGAAUAUAAUUGUCUAAAAUUAUUCAAAUGAAAAAUUAGAUUCCGCUUUGGACAUCUGAAUGAAUUCCCUUUAAUAGAGAGACGCUCCUCUAGGGUUUAACAAAAGGGCCCAAUCGGAAUACAGUAUGAGAUAACCAGUUAUUAAAACGACCGCCUCGUGUAUCGAUACAACUAGCAGAUAAUUGGUGAACGUUGAAAAUGAAGUCGAUACCAUUGGUCCAGUUUCGCAGAUGGGGAUGAGGGUUAUUGGUGAAUGAAUGAGCAGCCCUCACGGAGAUUGGCCACGACGUUGGGAUGGUUAGUGCUAUUGGUGGAUAGGGGCGGCGAAGGGUGCUUGAGUGGCUGGUGAUGAUGUGAUUGGCAGCGGCCGGGGCUGUGCGCCAUCCCCGCAGGGCUGAGCCUCGGGCGAAUCAGCGCCGAAUCACUGUGGGCUCAGCCACAUUUAAACACUAUGGAGGAGACUGAGCGCGACUGAAUACAGAGCAGGGGGCCAGCGCACUCCGGGGAAACAGGAACCCGCCUUCACACACACAGCGGACAAAUUGCACAGGAAAACGCCAAAAAAGAGAAGCUGGAAUUUUAAAAGGAUUUUUUUCCGGGUGUGAACGAUUUCGAAGUUAAAAUUCACUGCUGUCACUGAGCAGCAAUUGGAUUCAUUUUUGGGGGCAUUGCAUUGCAUCUGACAAACUUAACUUUCACGUUCCUUGCACAAUCCGUCUGAAACCUUGAGGAUCACAAAGCUGUAAAACCUACAAUUUUGUGGCUGGGAUCGAGAUCUUCUUCUGGGUUUGCGUGGGGCGCUGCUCACCCUCUUUUGUUUUGGGAGUAUAGGUGAAGGGGUUAAAUCCAGACCAGAAAAUCGAGGUUUUCUCGGAGUUGAAGACCGGCUGCGCCUUUUCAUGGAAAUCCACUGUAAGCACGACCCGUUUGCAGCAAUGCAUAGGCAUGGCGGGGUGAAUCAGCUUGGGGGUGUGUUUGUGAAUGGCCGCCCUCUCCCAGAUGUUGUCCGGCAGCGAAUUGUGGAACUGGCCCACCAAGGAGUGAGACCCUGUGAUAUCUCCAGACAGCUCAGAGUGAGCCACGGCUGCGUUAGCAAGAUACUGGGCAGGUACUAUGAGACUGGGAGUAUAAAGCCGGGAGUAAUUGGAGGAUCCAAACCAAAGGUCGCUACACCGAAAGUGGUGGAUAAAAUCGCCGACUACAAGCGUCAAAAUCCCACCAUGUUUGCCUGGGAGAUCCGAGAUAGACUGUUGGCGGAACGAGUGUGUGACAAUGAAUCGGUGCCCAGUGUCAGUUCCAUCAACAGGAUUAUUCGAACAAAGGUGCAGCAGCCUCCAAAUCAGCAAUCGCCAGUUUUAUCCCAUACUAUCGCACCAAGCACUGUGCCCGUGACUCCUGUUCCUUCUGCUGUCAAUGAUUCUGCGGGAUCUUCCUAUUCCAUCAGUGGAAUUCUGGGAAUCACACCAUCUAAUAAUGAGAAUAACAAGAGGAAACGCAAUGAUGGUGCUCAUGAAAAUCCAAUGCACAAUGGACACUCCCACCCCAGCAGGGAUUUUCUGCGGAAGCAGAUGCGUGGAGAGCUUUUCACACAGCAGCAGCUAGAAGUGUUAGACAGAGUCUUUGAGAGACAGCACUACUCAGACAUCUUUACAACUACAGAGCAGAUCAAAUCAGAGCAGAAUGCAGAAUAUUCCGCCAUGGCAUCACUAGCUGGGGGCCUGGAAGAUAUGAAGUCAAGUCUAGCAAAUCCUGCUGAUGUGGGGGCCAGUGUCCCAGGACCUCAAUCUUACCCAAUUAUUACAGAUGUUCUAGGUGUAUGUACCCUGAAAGCAACAGAUGUCUGGGGUGUGGACUCCUUCACCAGAACAGACAUGACAAAUAUGUACCCCAGCAAUACUUCAGAUAUCUCGUCUAUACCUUUCGUAACAGUAGGUGGUUCAGGUCGCGACUUGGCCAGCACGACCCUUCCUGGCUACCCUCCACAUGUGCCCCCCGCUGCACAGGGCAGUUACCCACCCCCAACACUAACAGGAAUGGUGCCUGGAGGUGAUUUUUCUGGAAGCCCAUAUUCCCAUCCGCAGUAUACAACUUAUAAUGACUCCUGGAGAUUUCCCAAUGCUGGAUUAUUAAGUUCCCCCUAUUAUUACAGCAGCGCAGCCCGUGGGUCAGCUCCUUCUGCCGCCACUGCAGCCUACGACCGCCACUAGCCAGGCUGGGGGGAUGCGCAGGCUGCAGGUAGUGAAGAAAUUGUGCACUUACAACACAUAUCAAUCAGGUCUGAGACAACAGGAAAUGUGUGAUGCUGAGAAGGUCAGAUGUGAACUUCCUGCAGGAUAAUCAAACUCCCUCUCGGAACGACUGCUGCCAAACGCUUGCUGUUUUCACUGCGGAGCAACAGAAACUGCUGACCUUGGACCCAACCUGAUAAUUAUACAGGCAACCGACAGAGACCAUCCACUUAUUAUUGAAGAAAGGCUGUUCAUUUUUGUUUAAAUAUUUAAAAAUAUGGUUUUAUUAGGAGGUUGAUAUUUUAUUCUAUAUAAUUAUUUUUCUGGGAAAUAAUUUCAAAACGCGAGGCAGCAAGGGCCUGCCUAUAUUUAAAACCAUGACCUUGAUUACUGAAUCACUGCACUUGAAUAUUUGCAGAGUGUUAUUGGCAAGGGAUAAAGGUAUCUGUACAUUAAUGACACACUGCAUCUUAUCGCAAGACCCUCCACCUUAAUCCUUCAUGUACGAGAACAAACUAUACUUAAGGAAUAGCUUCAUUAAAAUUCUUAGGUUUUCUCAAAUAGUUUAAAAGAUUCAGAAUAUUGCACUUACUUUCAGACUAUGAAUUAGAGUUUAUCAAAAUAAUAGUUGACAAUGAUUAUUAAAAAAAAAAAUGAUUAUUGUAGUAUUUUUGUGACGGGAUUUUCUAAAUUACGAGGAGGUCCUACACAGAGGGUCAUAUGGGAACUGAAUCAGAGCAGAUCUUGCACUGCUAGUAACAGGUACACAGGAGAACAGGAAUAUUGAAGAGGUUCUGAAAUGCCCCCAACAUGCUGAAAAACAGAUAGGACCAUAUAAUUCAGCUGAACCCUUGAGCUUGGUGUAAUGAGGGAGGUCUGGCUGUAUUGCAAAACUACCUUUAAAUGUGUAAGUUCUCAUAUCUAACAGCAUGUGUGAUGACAGCAAACCUGAUACAAGAACUGCUGUAAACUCCUGUAGACUGGGAAAUUGGAUCCCAAGAUGGCAGCAGAAUUUCAGUCCCAUGGCCUAGAGGGAAAGCCAAGAAAUCAGCGUUGUGAAUGGGAAGGAGUGAGGUGGGUGGAACUGCAACUGGAACGAGAGGCUAGCAUGACUCAAAGGAGUCUCAAGGCUUCUAAGUGGGGUAUAGAAAAUAUUUCCUGCUCUUAACAGCUCCACAAACCCCUCUAAAGGUUGCCCUCCUCUGGUCUCUCCUCAGCAAGGAUGUAUCCAUCAGCUGGUGUUGCCUUUCAGAGCCGAUGAUGGCCCUCCAGCCACCACCUCACCUCACCCCCAUCCCACUGAAAUUGCAGGCCACUUCCCUUCCCUCCUCCUUGGAGCAUCACUGUUUGCCCAACACUCAGUUCUAGAUUAGUAGAAAUGUAUUCAAGUGUAAUAUUGAGAAGACAAAAGCUGAUUCCAAUCAGUAUCUCUGAGCCACUUCUCACUCAAUGGCAACAAUCUGAGGCUAAACCUGCCUUGCAUUGUUGUUAGCACAUAUGACCCAAGGAUUGAGAACUUCCUUGCCAACAAAAGGAGAACCUAUUUCCUCUUCUAUAACACUGUGUGACUUUUCCUUGCCUUACUGUUACUGAAACUCUCGUCAAUUCCUUGGUCUCCCCUGAACUUGACUGUUCCAGUGCAUGUCUGACCAGCAUUCAAUUUUCUAUCCUUUGUAAAUUUGUCAUCCAAAACUCAUCCCCAUAUGUAGACGGGUCCUGUCCUGAAAUGUCACCUAUUCCAUGUUUUCCAGGGAUGCUGCCUGACACACUGAGUUACUCCAAUGCUUUGUGUUUUUUAAUUCUCAAGUAACUCCUCUGCUACUAAAUUUGGCAGUAUCUUUUCUUGGAAAAAGAUAGAUGCAAAGUAUUCAUUUAAUUCUUGUGCCAUGAUUUCUGUCUCCAUAUAUAAAUCUUUCUUUUGGUUUUGAUCAGCCCUCUCACUCCUCUUGCCGCUCGUUUGCUAUCUGUAUCCCAAUACAAGGCUUUGAGAUUCCACUUGAUGUUGACAUUUCAGCUACUUUCACAUUCUGUCUUUGCCUCUCGUUUCUUUGUCCAUUCCCCCAAUAAACUUUCUUUAAUUGGCCUUUUUGUUGCUUAUAUUAUUAACCUACUAACAGCUACGCUACUUCAUUUCACUCUUUAGCUUUUUGAGCAUGCGGUGAGCUUUAGCUUUUGUCCUAUUCAAAAUGUACAUAGAGUGCACCAAACCAUCUCCUCUUUGUUUAAAACUUUGACAUUGGUUUACUCUGGGAAUGUCUGUUUUCAACCCUAAAACACCUCACAUUCAAAUUUAUAUAGAAAGUAUUGAUGUAGCAGAUUCAAGAAAUGUAGCCAGUCAUUCUUGACUGAAUUCUUCCAUACCAAAUCCACAAUGCUGAUCUGAUUCAUUAGUUAAUCACAUCAGUACCAUGUUAUGUUCAACACACACAGCAUGUGAUGGAAAUAGCAAUUAUAUUGAACAAAACCUGCAGAGUUCACGAGGAUAAACACAUCCUUUCCCUCCACUGUAUUUUAUAGUUUGGAACAGCUUGGGGGGAAAUCAGGAAAUAUUUGCAAUGGUUUGAAAUCUGCUUGUGCUGAGUUGAAUCAUUCAAGCAAAUUAAGUAGAAAUGUAGAAAUGAAGAGGAAAAAAAAGAUCGUCCAAACCAUCAGCCAUGGUCAUAUGGAAUGGCGGUGUAGGCUCGAAGGGCCCAAUGGCCUACUCCUGCAUCUAUUUUCUAUGUUUCUAUCAUGCCUUCACCAAAAAUAGCUUAAUCUAGUGAAGCUUAGAUACAGAAAAAGCCAAAGUGCUGGCGUAACUCAAUGGGUCAGGCAGCAUUUCUGGGAACAUGGGUAGGUGAAGUUUUGGGUCGGUUCCUUCUUCAGACUGGGAGACAGAACCUCCCUUUCUCCACCACCAGCCUGAUAAUCUGGGAGCAGCAAAUAAAGAUAAACAGAGAAAAGGAAUUGGGUGAAAGAAUCUUGAACUCCCAACUAUUGGAGAAUAGUUCAGAAGAACACAACACUCAUGCUCAUGUUCCCUAUGUGAUCUCUGGUAGUUCCCUAAUUUCAAGUAACCCCUACUUCCCCCGCCUUAGUGGUCCUGCCUGUUCCACUGUUCGCAUCCAUAUAUCCCUUUGUUAUCACCUCUUCCACAGCCAACAAUGGACCAUCAUCAAUG